AAGCAGCACAAGAUGGGAGUGUUUUCGUUUCGUGUUAUAUUUUUUUUAUAUUUUAUUUCCGCGCUUAAUAGUUGCAAUCAAUUGUGAAAAAUAUAUUAAAACGCGUUUUCAACGUUGCGCGCAUUCAAUGAGUAUAACGGCAAACGCGUCGCUUCGCUGAAAACGGACGAAAACAGUAAACGAAAAGUUGAGACAACGACGACCUCCAAUACAAAGUGGGAAAAAUCGAACUUUGUGCGCGCGUGUGUGUGUGUGUGUGUGUAAUAAUUAAUUUUAAGAAAGAAAAUCAAAUAAACAUGAAAUGUUUAUACAUACAAAUUAAUUUUCCUAAAAUGCAAAGCAAUUGAAAUGCAUCUACGCAGCAAUAACCGCUAAUUUCAUAAACGACCAGAAAAAAAUACCUGAAAAUGGACGUGGAGGAGACAAGCGACAAUGGAUUCCCGCUGGGCUUUCCAGAAGUGGGAACCUGGAACCGCACACACAAUGUACCGCUGGAGAACAUGAAAAUCGAUGCACCCAUGAUUUGGCUGCUCUGCUCGCUGCUGACGACCAUCACGUGGGUGACAUACAACAACUUUUACAACUCGCGCGUAAUCGGCAUGCUGAUCACAAAGAUAGCGAAUCGCUGGUUCAUCAAGGGCGCCUACUUCAAGAUUGGCUCGGUGGCGCUGAAUCCUCUGGCUGGGAAGAUAAUGUUUCGGGAUUUCGUGUACAUAACCUACGACUACACAAUGCGCGUGCAGGAUGGCUAUUUCAUCUUUCGCUGGUGGCGCUCCUACGUGCCCAAGGAUGUUUCCGAGGAUCUCUCGCACUCGGACACGCGGCUGUCGGUGCAGCUAAAUGGCUACGAGCUGCACAUCUACAAUCGCUCGGAUCUGUACGACAAGCUGGAGAAGACCUUUGGCCUGGAGCCGUCACUGCUGAUACCCACGGACGUGGUGAGCAACGAGGAGCGCAACAAGCUGAAGGAGCACAACAUGAACCUGGAGAAUGCGCGCCAAAAUAGGCGCGUGAACAGCGUCAAGAACUCGGAGGCCAUGCAAGCGACCACCUGGCGGGAUUUGAUACCCGUCAUUAAGAUAGACAUCAGCUCCGGCCGCUUUGUCUUUGGCAAUCGCCUCACACCGACCACGCUCUCCAUUUCCAUGGAGGAGGCACAUUGCACGUACAGCACAAAGCCCGCGGUCUGCCGACUCGAUCAUUUCAUGCACUUUGUCAAGGCAAAGGUGGAGAAUGCCAAGGUGCUCUUCUGUCCCAGUCCCAAGUAUACGGGCUUGAUUGAUGAACCGCCACGCUAUAUGGGCGAGGGUUUUGUGGUCAUGAUGUCCAACCAAAUGGACCUGUAUUUCUACAUGGACGAGCCGGGCUUGGUGCCGGAAGAGCCCGUACAGAUUGUGCUGGCCAACGGCGACGUCGUGGAGCCUUCGCCACCCGUUUGGGGCAUCAAUGCGCAUUGCCUGAAGGGCACCGACUUCAGCUACGGUCCCUGGGCGGACAGACAGCGCGAUCAUCUGUACAGAUACUUCUAUCCAUCCGAUUGGAAAGAGGCCGAGGUCACGCCCACACCACAGCCGGGCGAGCUGCGCAGCUAUCAGUCGUUCGAUGUGACGCUGUGUGUGCUCAAUGAGGCGACAAUUGAUAUUCUGUUCUCCAAGGAAAAGGAGACGAAUGCCAUGCACAUAACCGUCGGCCCCGCCUCCUAUGUGGAGGUGACCAUACCCUGGGUAACGCUGACCGACGGCUACACGUCCAAGAUCCAGGGCCAGCUGUUCCACGUGGAGGCCACCACCUCGCUGCAGUAUCGCAGCCUGGCCGAGUUCGAGUCGCUGGAGUACAAGGUGCGCAUACACUAUCCGACUAAGUGGAACGCGCCGCAGGACUGGAACAUCUCGCUGGCCGGCUGCAAGACGAGCGCAUUUAUUGUGUACAAGCACAAGUGCUUCUUCCAGGAUCUGAUCGAGGACUGGGCCAACAAGGCGCGACCCGACAUACUCAGCUUUGUGCCCUACACCUGCAACUUCAACAUACGCCUCAACGAGUUCGAGAUCCUGAUGCUGUGCAACGAGUACAAUUGGAUCGACUGCAGCAGCGCCAACCAGGAGAACAAUCAUCUGGGCUUCUGCGGCGACGUCUUCGAGAUGAGCUUCGCGCUGCCCUUUGAUGAUUUUCUGCCGAAGACUGUGACGCUCAAGUUCUGGAUGCACGGCGAGGGUCUCGACCUGAGCCUGUACGUGCCGGAGGUCUCCUCGGUGCGACCCAUUGUCCUAGCCAUAGACGAGAACGCAAGACUGUUGACCCGCGAGGGCAAGCUGAUCCGCCGGCCGGAGCUCUAUACGAAGAAGUGGCGCAAGAUUUGCCAGCGCAGCGCCGGCUGGAUUGAUUGCUGGGCCGUGCCCAUUCUGGCGCUGUCCAUACAGUAUGUCUAUCAUCCGGUGCCGCCGCUGGGACCCGACCCGCAGGCGGACAUCACCACGCCCGAGAAGGAGGAGAUUCUGCUCAGUCCCAUGCGCAUACCCAAGGUGCGCAAAUCGCCCGUCAGCUGGCAGCAGGCGCAGCAGUCGGAGCAGCAGCAAAACCGUUUCGAUCCGGGCACGCUGACCGCGGAUCAUGUCACCGUGGAGCUGGAGAUCGGCAGCUCCGUGCUGAUGGCCUAUGGCAAUGUGCUGCGCAAUUUCAUGAGUCUCAAGGAGAACAUAUUCGGCGAGGAUCAGAACUUUACCGAUAUGGAGCAGUCGAACGUGAGCCUGAAAGAGACGGGCGUCGCGCCCAAUCCCAAGGAUCAGCUGCUGGCCAAAGAGAAGGAGCUGGCGAACAAGUCCAUAUCAGAGACAACGGCGCCCGAGGAGAAGCGCAAACCCUUCGAUCCGCGCCUCUAUCGCCCGCUGGAGGUCAUGGUCUCGGUCAUCGUUCAUGACAUACAGGCGCACGUGAUGAAGAACUGCAAUCCAGAGGAUCCGCCUUGCCCGGUGGUGCUGAUCGAGCGCUUCGGCUUCGAGAUGAACAAGCGCUACCACGAGACGACGCUGCAGGUGCUCGUCAGUCCCUCGUAUCUGCUCACCGCGGACACGCUGCAGCGCCAGCAGCGCGAGCAGCACAUCCAGCAGGGCCAUCUGCUGCUGUCGGCUGUGCAGGUCCGCGGCCAUGCCAUGUUCAGCAACGAGGGCUGCGCCUUGGACGAGGAUACGUUGGAGUAUUCCUGGCUGGUCGAGGUGCAGCUGGGCAAGCUGACGGGCAAGUUGACGCUGCCGCAGCUGGUGAAUGUGGUCACCGGAUUGGAGACACUCGUUUUGCUCGCCAUCGAUCCGGAGAACUGCCUGAAGUCGCCGAAGACGGUGCGCAACUGCCAUCACGGUGUGCCCAGCAACCUGUGCCCGCACACCAAGGAGGAGAACAAAUACAAGUGCCCCUCCGCCGAGGACAUCAAGUACAAGAUGACGCGCGUCUCGGUGGACGCCGUCGAUGUCUAUCUCAUCGAGAGCGGCACGGCGCUGCAUGCCUGGAUCUCGCCCAUACGACUGGCCAAUUGUAAUCUGCACGGGCAGCGCGUCAAGUCGGGCAUCUCGGGCCUGUUGCCCUCCAUCCUGCUGCGCCUGUUCAUGCUGCACGCGGGCAAUGCGCCCAACAGCAGCUACAAUACGAACACCACGGGCAGCAAUCGCUCCGGUAAGCUGCGACGCGCCGACCAGGAUUCGCUCAAGUCACAGGAUGUGCCCAGCACUGGACACCAUGCUGCCGCCGCACAUAAGCCCGGUGGCAAGCGCAGCUCCAACUCCUUCUCGCAGCGUCGCGACUCACGUGAGGAAGCCGCACGGCAGUCCAAGCUGCGCGACAACAUGGCGGAUGCGAAUGCCGCCAAGCGCACGCCGGAAAUGGCAGAGCUCUGCGAGAACUGGGUGGAGGUGGGCUGCACCUCGCUGGGACCCAUACUGCUGGAGGGCGCAUCCGCGCUGCCCAUACCCGACCACGAGCUGCAUCUUGUCCAGCACAACUUUCUGCGCGAACAUGACGCCAAGUUCAAGCGUUUGUGGUUCCUAUGGUCCAACAAUGGCAACGCGCUCAGCUCGGGUUCGGAGACCUCGCGCUGCGGCUGCAUCGGUGGCUGCGCCUUCUUUGGCACCAAUCGCAAUGGCCAAAAGUUCUUUAAGCCCACGGCGCAGGAUGUGCACGACAACUACAAUAUUGCGCGCUACUUCAUAAUUAACAACAACAAGGACUUUGGCUUUGGCGAGAGCAUUUUGCAUCAGGGCCAGCUGGUCUUCCACACGCCUCCCUAUAGCCUGCACUGCGUCUCGCUCUACGAUGCGGAUGAUUUCAAUGGCAAGGGCAAGCUUUAUAGGCCCGCUGUGGAGCUGCGCAACGGCAGUCUGAAGAAGUCGGAGCUGUUCAAAAUUGGCGGCGGCGCCGUGGACAAGCCGGAGCUGGCCAGCAGCCGCAACAGGUCCCGCGAGAGCAUCGCCUCGCCCAAUACGCUGGAGCGGCGCAGCAAGCGCUUCACGUGCACGCGCCAGACCUCCGUGGAGGUGCCGUACGCGCGUCUCCUGGACAGUCCCUCCAAGAAGCUGCAGCUGCAGCAAGAUUCCAUCGAGAGCAGCAGCGCCGCCAGCAGCCAGCGACGCGGCUCGGAUUCGCACAGGCUGCGCGUGUCGCCGCCCAAGACAAGCAUCUCGGACUCCAGGCUGACCGGCGAGGCGGCGCUCGAUGAUGAGCAUGAGAUACCCGACGAGAUGUCGCACUCGGCGCCGCAUUCUCAUCCUCUCGAGUUCGAGAUAGCGGACAUUGUACUGCACGCUGGCGAUCAGAUGCCGCGCGAGGUGCAGCGCACCAUAUCGCUUACCUCGGAGAAUCCCUCCGAGAUGUUCUUCUCCGCCGAGGAAGACAUAUCCAAUGUACUCUCACAGCGCGGCUCCAUGAAGCAGCGCAGCGCCAAUGGCUCCAUCAUAUUGUCGGGCCGCAAACGUUUCUCCUCGGACUUCAGCAUUGGGGAGAAUGGCAGCCACACGUUGCCGACCUACCGCAGCGAUCUGGAGAUCCAUGCGCCGGAGAGCAACAAAACGCUGCCCAAGCGGCCGCAGAGCACCACAGAACUGGCGGAUUCGCGUGGCUCGUCGUCGGGCACGCCCUCGCUGUCCUCGAACUCGUUCAUCUCGGCCAUGUCCUCGCAGGAGGACGUCGCUCUGGUCAACUUGCAUCAGCAGGUCAAUCGACCCAUCAUCGAUUCGCCGCUGCUGAUGGCCAGCUACUUGAAUCAUUUGUCGCAGGUCAAGUGCUUCAACUGGAACGCUUGCUCGUUUCCGCUCGGGCCGGACGUCUUCUCCACCCCGCUCUUCCACGAGAACGAGGACGGCGGGCUGACCUAUAUAGGCAGCAAAAUGCUGCCGCAUUUCGACUUGUACUCGUGCUGGCGUGAGAUCAAAGUGGUGCCGCGCUAUGAGAACACCACCGGCAGCAACAGCUCGGCCACUUUUAUGGGUGGUCCCAAGUCGCAUCCCUGGGAUCCCAGUGUGCUGCUCAAGGAGGAGGAAGCGGACAAGACAACAAACGGUUUCGACGACGGCGAAUUCAUGAGUCUCCAAUCGGAGGGCGGCGCGGCCUGCACCUCGGUGGUCGCCAGACUAAAAGGACAACUAAAUAUAUUCCUCACGCCUCUUCUGCCAGAGGGCUUACAAAGAAUGGUUGAGGCUGCUGUGCCGACGAUUCAGUCAAUGCAUCUGCUGUCGGUGGUUAACUUUAUACACGCCUCGUGCAUAGCCAAAGUGAAGAACGAUAAUAUACUUAAGCGGGAUCAGAGUCUCAGCUACUGGUCGCAGGUGCACUCGAAUUCCAAGCGCUCGACAACCGAGCGCCACUUGCAGGGACCCGGCGAUUCAUUUCUGAGCGAUGUCUACGAGGAGAGCAUAUCGACCAAGACCCAGGGUCUGAUUGUGCUGCCCAAGGUUAGCAUAACCAUGCUGCAGUCGUCCAUUGUGGAGGAGAUCAUAUCCGUCGCUGCGCUGGACAAUGUGCAGGAUCUCAGCUGCGUCUCGCUGCUAACAUUUUAUAUGGAGGGCAUCUCCACGAAAUUUCACCUGGGUAAAACCACACGCGCCUCCAUGCAUAAUGUCUACAUCCAGCAGACGGUUCAGUCGGGCAGCAGCCACAAGAAGGGCGGCAUUAUGAAGGGCACGCGGGCGCUGCUGGCGCAUCUCUCCUCGCAGACGCGACCCGACAAUGUGCAGGGCGAGCCCAUACUCAUAGAGACCUCAGAGAAGCAGCUGGAGGAGCUGGUCAUAACGCUGGACAUUGGACGGGCGCAUGCGCAGCUGCGUCGCCUCAAGACCGAGGGCCAGUCGUGUGCACCCGAGACGCCCGUCAUCGUUACAGCCAUUCCGGAGCACAAGAGCAAGGUGCUGUUCGAGUGCCUCAAGAUGCCGGAGAGCACGGGCAUUGAGAGCAUUGGCUACAUCAUGUUCGAGUGCGGCCUGGAGGGUGUGGGCGUCAAGAUUGUCAAGCGCUCACAUUUCGAGAAAUCGGAGAACAGCAAAGAGGAGCUCGCCGAGAUGACAGGCGGAGCCGAUGGCGUUGCUUCUUCCGGCGGCGGCGGCUUCAAUCUCAACGAGCUGGUCGUCGGCUCGGGCAGUGAAGCCGCAGCGCCGACCGCAGAUGGCAGCGGUGCCACUUCGAAGGCUGAGGCCGCUUGGCGUUUGAUAACCAAAAAGCCACCAACGCCAAAAACACCCAAGGAGAAGUUCCCCCAUGGUCUGGACAGUGUUAUUGUCAGCGAUAGCGGCCCUGCGGCUGCUGAGCAUGGACGCAAGGCGACGCCCAAGCAGCCGGCCGAUGAGGAUGUGGAGAAGGGUGGAGCGGGCGCCGGCGGCAAUGCGCAGCAGGCAGGCGCUGCGCAGAAGCAGAGCGGCGCUGGCAAAGAUGGCGCCAAGGAUGGCUACGACAAGGCGCUCUCGAAUGUCAAGGGCACCGACAAGACCUCCUCCUGCGUGAUCGAGCUCAAAUCCGUGUGGUUUAACUUUGCGGCGCCUCCUUGUGUGCCCAUCACGCGCAAAAUCGACUUGACGCGCUUGGACUGGAAUCUGCUGAGCACGGCCUCGCCGGCCAUCACAGCCUGGAUGAAUCCCAGCAAUCGCCUGGCCAUUAAAAUUGUGUCCCUCAUGAAGGUGCUGCACACGCGCCAAACGGCUGUCGCCGCCUGUCUCAUGGCGGACGCCAUGGAAAACGAGAAGAUUCAGCGCAAUCCAAAGAUCAAGAAGAGUCGUUAUGCGAACAAUUAUACGCUGCUGUCGAAGACGCUGCAGGAGGAUCCCAGCUGUCAGCUGUGCUACAUCAUGCAGAAACUGGUCCUGGACGAGGGAGUGCAGCGCAUCGAGCAAAUCUUUCAGCAUGGCGAGGUGCCGCAUCUGAAUACACUGCGACAGGGCAUCAUUGUGCUGAGUCGCCAGUGGAAGAACACCUUGUACAACCCGAUAUUGUUUGAGCAUCAGUACAAGAAUAAGCUGGCGCGUCCGAUAAAUGUGACAUUCUCGUUCCCGCAGAACGAGGAGGAGUGCGAGGCGGAUGAGUGUGAAGGUGAUGUUGAAAUGGGCGCCUAUGCUGGCGCCGGCGAGAAUCCGGAAGAGAACAACACACAAUAUGGUGGCAUGUCCUAUGCCCAUGAGGCGCCACACCAUGGACCUGCAUCCCAGCGAUCGACCUCGACGUCGCCCAACAUGCACCACACACGCCGUGGUCUGAGCAAAGUGCACAGCAAAGCCUCGAAUUAUUCACAUGGCAAUUCGUCUCGUUCCAGCAUACAAAUGCUGCCCAUUAUAUCGGGUCUGGUGGAGAAACAGGUGCCAGAGUUUGAGUACGGCGCUUUGCAGGAGGGUUCCCUCAGUUCGACGAACUCUGUGAACAAGUUUUGGCUGGGCGCUGAGAAUCACAAGGAGGACUUGUACUUUUGGAUGGCCAAGCAACAGGACAACAGCAAAAAGAAGGAGCAUGCCGCCGAAAAGGAGCAUGCCCGUCCCGCUCCGGCCAAGCUGAAUGGCCAGACGCAUUCGCGCAGCGCCAUCAUGCAGGACUCUAUAAAGCUGCUGGAUGCGCAUCUGAUCUUUGAGCCGCUGCUCACGUGCCUGGGCGUAAUGCCACAGCAAAUGAUCAACAAAUUCUCGAAUGCGGAUAUCUCAUCGCUGGAGAACUUCGGCACGAAUCUCUCCCUCAUUGGCACCUUUGAUUCGAUACGCGUGGACAUUGUGGUCAGCGAGGCGGGCGACAAGAAAACGAACACCAGCGCAAAGCCCGCCAAGCUCAGUAAGAAAUCGAAUGGCGGACGUGCAUCCAUCAUGAUGGACACUCCGCUCUUUCUGUGCGAGCGCGUGGGCGUUGAGCUCGAGGUGCUCAAAAUGUCCGACGGCAUGGUGGAUCAGGCGCGACAGAAUGUCAUCUACAUGUCCCGUCGCCAGCUCAAGAAGCACACGAGCACCGUGAUCAACUUCAGCCUGAAUGUGCGCUUCAUCUCGCAGCAGGUCAACAUGCCGCUGCUCCGGCUGCUCCAUCAGAUCUGCAAUAUGUAUCAGAACGUGAAGGAUGCACAGAACGAGUUCCACGAGCAUCCCGAGCUGAGCAAAAAGAGCCAGACCAAGGACGAGUGCAGUUUGGCCUCCGAGCCCACGGAUAUGCUAGCCUUCGCCUCGGUUGCGGAGCGUUUCGUAUGCCACGGCGCGAGCUUCUCGGACGAGCGCUAUGACAAAUUCAACGAGACCAUGCCGACAAUGCCCACGACUGGACGUAGUCGUGGCGGUGGCCUGGCGCCAAUUAUACAGUUGACGCCGUCGCCCAAUGCCAAAAAUCGGCCGCAGAGCUUUGCGCAGAAGCUACGCUCCACGGGCAAAUCGGUCAAGGGCAAGCUGGGCUACACCAAUCUGAACGAGUCGAGCUCGUCGCCGCUGCGGGACAGUCCCACAAUGUCGCUGCACGAGCAGAACAUACUGAAGCUGGCCACGGAGUCGAAGGCCUCGCUAAAUGGCGGCUGCGCGACCAGCGUUAGCGGCGACUACAACAACACGCUGACCAAGUCGGGCAUUGCGACGCUGCUGCCGCCGCCGCUGCUGGAGACGCCCAACUGCUGGAAGACCAUCUACCAUCUGCUGGAGCUGUACGGCACCAUGCCGGAGACCAAGACGGUCGUGCAGCGCAGUUCCCUGAACGAGCACAAGAAGCCCGCGCCCAGUUUUAGCAACAACGACGAGGACGAUUUGACCAAUGCGCCGACGCCGCUGCCGCAGCAUCGCGACAUGCAGCUGGUCGAUGGCGUGCCGCAGGAGCGAACGCGUCUGAUCGUAUUUGGCGUGGCCAAGAUACACAAGACGCGGCUGCUGGCGACGCUGUCGGGCCUGAAGCUGGAGUCGGAAAUAACCACGCUGAACAGCACGGCAACCUGGCGCAAGAAGGCGCGCCCCGUUUCCCUCGAAUGCUCGCUCACCGGCCAGGUCGGACGCGCCAUGAUCGUCUUGCUCGAGGGCGUGGCGCCCAGCCAGCAAACCGUCGUCAAGGUGACCGUGGGCAAGAGCCAGACGCUCUACUCAAGCCUUUCGAAGCGCGGCAAGGACAAGAACAGCGGCCUGGUGUCCAUUGGCCCCGUCAACAUAGACAUACCACAGCAUCCGGUGGCACUGCACGGCAUGAUGACGCGCAGCUCCAAGCAGCUGUCGUCCACGCUGCAGGAGCUACGCGUUAAACGCAACUCGGGCCGAUCCACGCUGCGUUCGCACACGGCCGAGGAGCCCGAGUCGCCGUUCCAUGCGCGCAACUCGGGCGGCGCCGGCAGCGUCGGCGUGGGCACCGCCAACAGCGAAAUGCGGGAACGGACCGUCUCCGGCGGCGCAGCACAGCCGCAGCCACAGUUUGCGGCACGGCGCUCCGCACGCCUGCUGCAGUCCAAGCCGGCGGCGGCGGCGGCGCAUCAGAAUGGCCUUCUGCAGCCGCUGGUCAUGCAGUUCAACGUGCUGCUGCAGAGCCUGUCCAUUAAUGCGGCGCUGCUGCCUUCGCUGCAGGCCCAAUACCGCAUGAACCAUGUCAGCUCCAUGGGCGUUACGGGCCAGCGCGCCAAGUUUGUCAUCGACUUGCCCACGCACACGCUCAGCUUCAAUACCAAGAUACAGAAUGAGAUGAACCUGCCGUCGGAGGCGUGCAUUGGCCUGCCGCCGGUGCAUGUGCUGGCGGAAUAUAUUCCGGACAAUCGACAGGAGCACACGGAGAGCGUUGAGGGUAUUGUGUUGCGGCAGGGCGGCUAUGUGAAUGCCAGCGCCGAGAUUGGCGAAUUCGAGCGCUGUCUGACCACGGAUCUGCUGAACCAUUUGGUCUUUGUGCAGAAGGUGUUUAUGCGCGAGAUCAACGAGGUGCUGCAAAAGGUCUAUGGCGGCGAGAAGCCGGUGCCCCUCUGGACAGAGGAGAGUGGGGACAAUGCCAGCGUGCAGGAGUCCACGCUGAAGCGCAUACUCUUCUCCAUCAACAUAUCGAUGAAGCGCAUCCAAUUGACGGCCACGACGCCGUGCUCGUCGGCGGUGCGCUUCGAGACGGGCACGUUGGAGCUGCAGCUGUCGAAUCGUGUCAAGAAUUUGGGUGAUUUGAGCAAUCGCAAGCUGUUCUUUAAGGCGCACAUCGAUUUUAAUCUGUCGCUGGGCCAGAUCAUAAGGAACGUGAUCUUUGACGAGGCGGAGCCAGAAUUUCAGCAAUAUGCCUUUUUCCAUACGACCAUCGGACUGCGUAACGCCUUCCAGGAUGAGCUGCCCAACGAAGACAAGGAGCUCAUAUUGCUGACGCUCAAGCGUCCCCUGGUCUACGUCCAGCCGAUAGCCGUGGACAAGGCCAUAUUGGUCUGGCUGAACUACAAGAACGCCUACGAGUAUUGGGCCGAAAAGCGCGCCAAUCUCUGCUACGACCACACGCCCCACAGGGACACCCAACAGGUAUUCGAUCGCGUCGCCUUUGGCCAGAUCGCCAGCACGAAUCUAUCCACAUUGUUCCUGCAACUAACCGUCGAGGAUAUGGGCAUCUGUUUGCCCCUCAAGCAGGUCAACACGGUGUCGUACGGCAGCCGUUCGUAUCAGGACUUUGAUGCCAAAGGCGCGGUGGUCAUCACGCUGGAGAACACGAUCAUCUCAGCGUGCAACUCGGGCUCGCUGGUGUCCAAGGGCAAAUUCCAGGGCUUGUGCCUGCGCUUUGCCGAUGACUUUGAGACGAAUCUGGACGAUUGGAAGCCCAGCUGCGUGGAGCCCAUCAUGAAUGUGUGCGUCGUCUCCGAGGGCACCUUUGAGGUCUGUUCGCGCACCACGGCCGCCAAGAAGGGCGAGAAUGCCAAGUGGCUGCUGAAUGUGAAAUGGCAAAUGGAGGGCGUCGAUAUCCAUUUGGAUGUGAACAUUGGCAAGCAGCUGUCCUCGCUGGGCCACACGCUCACCAUGCUGACGGGCUUCGAGGAGGACGACACCCAAAUGGAGUCGCCCGACAGCGACGAGGGCGACCAGAGCAGCCGGGACACGUAUGUGCGGCGACGCGGCGAAUUCGACAAUCUGCCCGCCUUUGUGUUCGAUCCGACAAUCGAUUCGAAGAAGCGCUCGUUCAUGAUGGAAAAGGAAAUGGCCGAGCAGCUGAAGAUCAUCAACGAUUUGCGCACGCUCGGCGCCUCGCACAACACCGUCGCGCACGAGGAGCGCCGCCUGCAGGAGCUGCAGGCCAUUUGCUACAAGUACUUCCGCCGCGACAUGAUCCAAAAGUGGAAGCGUCCCUCGCUGCGCCGAUCCCUCAAGAACUACAAUCGCUCCCAGUCGUACAUUGGCAGCGGCGGCGUCGGCUGCGUCGGCGGCGUUGUUGUCGGCGGAAUGCCGGGCGUUAGCCUGGCCGCCCGGGAGCUGCCGCUGGACAAUGGCGGCUAUGCGGGCAGACGCCUGGACACGAUCGCCUCCAACGACGAAAUCUCCAGUUUGCAGAGCACGCCCGCCUCGUGUCAUUCGCGCAGCGCUUCGCUGAAAACGGGCGUGGGCCGGGUUACCUUUACGGAUGCGAUGCGGCAGACAUCGCUGCCGAAUGCGGACACCGACACGGAGACGGCGGACAAUGAGCUCGACUGGCGCAGCGUCGGGUUCCAGGGCGACUGCACCACGCCCAGCGAAAUAGACGUGGAUGGCAUAUCCGUGGAGAUGCGGCGCAAGCAUGCCCAUGCUCACGCCCUCAAACAGCAGCCGGAGCCGAACAUUGACUUCGAGCUGGACGUCAAGGUGCUUGUGAACUCCGGCAAAUGUGUGCUGCACACGAAGGACAACCACAGCGGCGAGGAUCGCGCCGCCUAUGGCGCAGCUGGAGCUCCCGCCGCCGCCGCCGGCGGAGCCAGCGUGAAGACGCACAAGCGCGAGCGCAGCAUCGGCAACGACUGGGGCAGUCCGACGCCGUCGCGCCGGCAGCGCGACAAGAGCAAGCUGCGCUUUAAUGCCAGCGCCCACAACAAUGCUCUGCUCGCGGAUCUCACCAUCUUUCACAUACCCGGCCUCGAUGUCAAGCUGCACUAUCAGUCACGCACGCUGGCCGAUCCCGCAGAGCUGCCGGGGACGACUCCGGCGGCGACGGCAACUCCGGCGGGAACUCACAUCCGUCGCGUUGUGGGCAACAAGCGGGCGACGCUGAGCGCCUGGAUGACGCUGCAGAGCAUACCCGAGGAGACAAUCAUAUCGCCUCACAUUCUCGAGUUUCUCGAGCAGACGCUGGAGCCGAUUCCCGCGCGGCAGACGAACAGUGUGCCGGCCACGCCCACGCACACAGCCCCCGUCAAUCUGGACAUAUUGCCAGCGAAUUAUGCGACCUACGCCUCGUUUCCCGUCGAUGUCAUCGUCUACUUCCAUAUGCAGCCGUCGACGUUUCGCUUCAGCUGUUUGCCCGUGUCCCGGGUCGAGUGCAUGCUGCAGCUGCCCAGCCUGGACAUUGUAUUUAGCUCCAAGCGCAGCGGUGACGAGGAGCAGCAGCAGCAGCAACAACAGCCGCCGGCGGAGCCGCAGCUGCCGACGGGCGGGCUGAGCGUGACGGGCUGCCUGGCCGACUUCAAUGUGUACAUCUUUCAUCCGUAUGGCGGCAAGAAGACCUCCAAGGAGACGCAGUUCUCGCCGCUGAGCGACACCGAGCGCAAGGAUUCGCUCAGCAUCAAUGUGGAGUUUGUCAAGUUUCAUAUCACGCGCUGCCGCAAGGUCUAUAUCGAGCCGCUGCCCAGCUCGAAGCGCGCCUUGGAUCAAUCCCGCGCCGUCAUACGCUUCUCCACAAUUGUGGACAUUGGCAGCGCCAGCUUCAAGUACGAUAUGCGUCGCCUCACCGAGAUUCUGGCCUUCCCGAAAGCCUGGUACAGGCGUCGAAUUGUCCGACGUCUCUUCCUGGGCGAUCUCAGCGUCCAGCAGCAGCAGCAGCAGCAGGCGGGCGGGGAGACGCCCACGGGCUGUGCGCCGGCCACGCCCACGCCGAGCGAGGGUCGCUCCAAGGAGAAGCUGCGGUUGGACUUUGAGGGGCAGCAGACAACACAACAGCAGCCUGUCCAGCAACUGGGCCACUUUGGCGCGGUGCGCAAGCUCAAGUCCUUGGGCAAAUCCUCAAGCGCCGAAUCCUCUGGGACGCCGCCCUCGGAAAAGAAUCAGAUUACCGCCUGGGACACUUUGGUGAUCUUCGCUGUGAACUUCACCAAGCUCAAUGUCCAGAUGAACAUUGGCAAUGUGUGCGGCAAUGUGGUCUGGCUGACCAAGGACUUCCGUUCGGACGGACGUCUGUCGAUUGGCAGCACGGGCUACAAGAACAUGUACGCGGGCAUCUAUUUGGGCGGCUCGGCUCUGGAUGCCAAGGGCGGCAUUGUGGGCGGCAGCUUUGAGGUGAACAAAAUCAACAAACGCUUUCACAUCAAGGAGGAGGCCGGCAUGGAGCCGUAUCAUACGCUGGGCCUCAGUUUCAUGGCGCUGGAGCUGCGCCUGGACUAUAUGGGCACCUCGGUGCUGAUGACGCGCAUCAGCACCUUUGCGGCGGCCAUGAAGGACGAGUGGCGCACGGCCACGCAGGCAGCUGCCUGCGGCAAGGAUCAACCGCGUGCGCUCAUCUUUAUACAUGGCGAUCUCAGCUGGGAUCAGCUGCAGAUCAUGAUAUCCAAAUCGACGACGGCGGAUCUCAUGAAAAUGUACUAUAAGCUGGAGGAGUUCUUCACGCAGCAAUUCAAGUCUUCGAAGCGCGUCUUCUCCAGCCUCGAGCCGCGUCUGCAGGAUCGCACGGCGAGCAUCAAGCGUCGCCAGCAGCUCAAGAAGAAGCCCAACGGCGAGCUGCCACAAGCCGCCGCCGCCGCCGCCGCCGUCAACUACUGCGGCGUGGACAACACGGAUGCGCGGCAUCAUCGGCACUGGCAGAAGCCGCUGGCGCAGGCGAUUGGGCUGGUGGUGCCGUCGCUGGUGACGCGCCUGCCGCGACAUGGCAAUGUGCUGGGCGGCACCGUGGAGCUGCGCGGCCAGAACAUUUCGCUGGCCUGCUUCCAUGGCAUCAACUUCAAGUCGAAGGCUUGGGCGUUGUUUAGCCUGAAGUCGCCGUCGAUUAAUUUUGCCACCGAGGCGCGUCAGAUCGAGGACAGCAGCGAGGUGCUCGUCACACAGACGCUCACCUCGUGCCUGGGCCAGACGACGGAGGUGCAGCAGCAGCAGAAUCACUCGAUGGCCAUUGUCAGCCGCAUCACGCGCAACAUCAUCUUUCCGCCGCAGUUCAAGACCCUCAACGAAUGGUUCCACUACGCGUUCGCCAACAGCGAAAUCGACGCUGUGGAUCGCUUUCCCAUGCUGGAGUGCGAGCGUGAGAUAGCCUCCAAUUCGAUUGAGCGCACGCGCGCCACGGGCAGCAGCAGCUCGGCCAAAUCGCAGGAGCACAAUCACAAUCGCGAGGUCAUCUUCGCGCUUCCCAGCCUCCAGCUGCACUUCAAGACCGAGCACAAGCAGGGCGCAAGCACGCCCGAGCCAAGCGAAUCGAAGCCGGAAGUUUUGUGCAGCUUCAUAACGGAGUUCGAUGAUCACAUAUUUGUCACGGUCGAUGCGGAUGCGUUCUUCUUUCUACACGAUCUGAUAACGUCCUAUGUCACCGAAAAGGAGAAGGUGCUCGGCGCUCAGUCGGCGCGCGCAGCCUCGCCAAAUCUGUCGCAGAAGGCCAACCUCAAGCCCUAUCUGACGGACGAGAUACUCAAGGAGAAGAAAACCGCUUCCAAUACGAAUUUGACUGUACAAAGCCAGCAGCUGGGCGGCAGCAAGAGCAGCCUGGACCCACUGCAGGGCAGUCAUACGAAUCUAGCGACAGCUGCGAACACGGCGGCAAAUGCUGCCACAACAGCAAACAGCACGACAACAACAACAACGACAGGCACGACGGCGACAACGACAACGAAUUCGGCUGCCAGCGAAGGCAAAGAUGCGGCCGGGCAGACCAAGCCCGGCGUGGAGCAGCUGCCCAGCUUUGAUAUCGAGUCCUUUGUGCGCGAUUGGCGGCAUUUUGACUGCCAGACUUGGCAUCUGGAGCCGACGGUGCGGCUGCUGUCCUGGGCCGGCAAAUCGAUUGAGCCAUAUGGCGUCGAUUAUAUACUCAAUAAGCUGGGCUUCAGUCAUGCACGCACCACCAUACCCAAGUGGCUGCAGCGCGGCUUUAUGGAUCCCCUGGACAAGGUGGAGGCUUUGAUGAUGCUGCAGCUGCUGCUGUUGGUGCGCGAGAAUAAAUCCGAGACUGGCCAUGCCAAGCAGCAGCAGCAGCAGAAUCAACGACCAGCUCCCAAUUAGCUGAGGUCCAGUUUAUAGCCAAAUGCGAAAGCACUCUAUCCAUGACAAUUGGCCAUUGUGUAUGUUUAUUAAUUAGCUUUAAAGAGCAAUUAGCUUAAUCAGCAUUGUAUAGCGAUAUUUAGUACAUGUAAUUGUUGUAAUAUUUGUAAUUUGUGUGAUCUGUGUAAUUUGAGUGUAUCGAUUUUUUGUCUAAGAUCGCAAACAUUUCCUCUGCCUUGCAAAGGAAAUUCUUUUAUUACACUCAGGAUACUCGUAAUAUUAUUAUCAUUAUUAUUCUUAUAACUGGCCAAUCGGGCAGCUUUGUUCAAUUGUAAAUUGUUUGCUCGCGUCUUCUAUUCCCUUAAACAUAUAUUUCGAUUUAGGUGUAAAGUCAAGUGCUUCGCGUAGUUUGCUCAAUUUUAGCGCUUUGUAAUUCUAGUUUUGUUUAUAACGUGAUUGUGCAGAGCCAAUGUUUAAACUUUAAGUAGCUCUAAUUGAUAUACGUAUACACAAACUAUACUAUUUAAACAAACUGUGUAAGUUUCUAAAUAGGCAAUAAAAUCGUCUUUUAAAAGGGA